GUAUUUAUUAAUUAAUAUUUCACUCAUUUUUCUCUUCGUUUUUCAGGCUGCGAUUGACUUGCUUUCUCUCAUUCUCUAUAUAUUUAAACUCCCUUCAACAUUCUCUCCAACCAAACAGAAUACCAGUUUCCCACGAGAACUGGCGGUCUCCUAUCUCUUGGUUUCUCUGUGAAAUUUUUUCCUGUUUUCAGAUUAUGGGGAACUAUAUUUCAUGCACUCUAGCCGCCCCUUUGAUCAAGAACAACAAGGCUGAAGCGAGGGUGAUCUUUCCGGGUGGUGAAGUCCGACGGUGCCGUGAACCCGUCAAUGCCGCCGAGCUGAUGUUUGAGUGCCCCAACUUUUUCCUCGUCAACUCUAGGUCCCUUCACAUUGGCAGGAGAUUCUCCGCCCUCAGCGCCGACGAGGAGUUAGAGUUUGGCCACGUGUACAUCAUGUUUCCUAUGAAGAGAGUGAAUUCUAUGGUCACGGCGGCGGAUAUGGCUGUUUUUUUCAUGGCAGCCAACUCGGCAGCUAAACGGAUAUCCGGUGGAAAGGUCGGGAUAUUGCCCGAGUCGGGUUUCGCACAAGAGGGGGCCACUUUGGCGGCGGCGGCGGCCACUACAGAGGAAGGUGAGAUUGGAGGUUCAAGAUUGAGUUUGGAUGCAGGAAUUGAGGAGCUUUCAUUUCCAGAGUUCAAGUAUAGGUUAUCUGUGUGCAGAUCAAGGAAGCCAUUGUUAGAGACCAUCAAGGAAGAGCCAAUUUGUUUGAGAUAAGAUAAUCAUAUUAUCAAUGUAUAGAAUAUAUGAUCUAAUGGUUAAAUGUGCUCUCUAAAUUUUUGCA